CUUCUUGCCCCAGCGGCGUUUCCACCAGAUCUGACACUGUCUGACCACAAGCCGAUAGACUGUCGCGGGUAGCGGUCGUUAGUGCUGCCGGAGCCACGCCUAGUCAAGACACCAACACUGACACCGACUCACGCCCGCCGCAGCCCGACCCGCUUCCGUCAACAGCGGCCCCCCCCCCGCCCGGUGGCGCAACCCCCGGAGCCUGGUCAUCCUUCGCGACCGCGACCCCUCCGGCCGGAUGCGUUGCCUUGCCCAAGACGGCCCGGUCCCUUGUACACCACUCCGCAACCGUUGACGCGACACAGGGCACUGGCCGUCGGUUCUGGCCAUUCAUCGCCAAAUUUCGCGUCUUUUUAACUUUGAUCAUCACCAGACGUGUCUCAGUCGCGCGACCAGGACGGAGCACGCUGGCUUCGUUCGCCCUCAUACGGACGGACAGUCGGUGGAGACCUCACCCAUCGCGGUCGCUGCCCUGCCUGUCCAGGGUGCUCUACUAUCGAUUUCGUCCCGUCUCUGACCGCAAAUCCUGCCGGCCCUCUUGGCGAAAAGAACAACAACUCCCCCCUUUUACAUACCAAGCAAGCAUACCAUCGCCAUUCCACCCUUCGCAUCUCCUGGGCUGAUCUUCAUCCGUUGGUACUGGCAAGUUUCAGCCGAGGCCAUCUGCGCUAGUAGCACGCGACUGAACGACGAGGCGCCUUCUCGAAUCGCGGGGGUCCAGGGGUCGCCGGCAUUAAUCUGCGACACAUUAAUCGUCCCACCAAGCGGCCCAGCAAAGACUUAGCCUGCCAGUCUGCGGCCCCGACACGCUAUGCAGCCCUCGCCUUCCCUGCCAGACGGGCAAUGGGCCCGCUCUCAGGGGCACGGCGAUCACCCUGCUGAUAAUAGCAGUCCGCCGCCGAGCCCGCCUCGGUCGAGGAUUCCGAGGAAAUCAGAGCUUCAUGUCCAAGCGCCAGCUGCCUCGUCCUCAAAAUCAAGCUCUCCAGCGACGUCGACGUCGCGUCGCCAGAGCUCCAUCGCCACAUCCAAGGAGCCACGGUCUCCUCUGCGACAGUCCUUUUCGACGACACAACUCGACGAUCCCGGCGAGGCAACGACGACCCCCUCGCGAGUCCCACCGAACAUGCCCCUGACGGGGGACGGCAGGACUCCGGCCUCGCAGGUGGUAAACCAGCACGGACGUGAUAAUGUUUCCUCCUCACGACGCAGCCGACCUGUUGGCGCACGAACCUGGGAUGCCGGUACCGCACAUGCGCAUGUCGGUCCAACAAGCUCAUCAGCUUCCAACACCGUACAUGCAUCGACUGCACAGUCCGCCUCGCCCGGAGUUGGCCCGCGAUUCUCCCUCUUCUCAUCGCUUUCGGCACUCAAAGGCCCGGCCCCAUCUUCUGUUGCCGUGCCGCAAGAUGACGAGCUCAUCAAUAUCAACAUCGAGGCGUUACUAUUCCCUGCGGGUCCGCCUGCCGAGGGCGAUGCGUUCUCUCCAGCAGCAUUCAAAAACCUGCAUGUCAAUGCUGUCGGAUUGCUGCGCAAGUUCCAGACUGCCUACCAGCAACGGACAGUGACCCUGCUCGAGCUCAGGGCGGAGCGAGAGGCACAAGACGAUGAGAAGAUUGGGCUCGAAACUCGGUCCCACCAUCUGAAACUGCAGCUGGAGGGCAUGGCACAAAAAGCCACUGACAUCGAGUCCACCAUGCGAUGCCUCCGGGAGGAGCUUGACACCGAGAGACGGCUCAGGAUGGAAGAACGCCAGGCGAAGUACGCCGCGCCCUCCACCAUCUCCGUCUCUGAAGACCUGGAUGCCGAAGAGGACCAGAUGGACGAGAGAAGAAGAAGCGUCGGGACAUCCAAGACGGACAUGGGGUCUGAGACCGACGCAGAGAGCAUCGAAGGAGCUAGCGUCUUCUCUCGAUCUCGCAGCCCUACCGUUAGAUCGAGCGUCACGGACGCUACAUCGGCGGACAGCAUGCCCGCACCACCUCUACCCCAGAAGUCAAAACGAGCUUCCCUUGAACCGCCGCCAGCGGCGAACAAGGUACAGUCGCAUCCACAGCCACAGCUGUCGGCGUUUCAACGAUUUUUCAAGGGCGGCUCCCACGUGGAAACGCCCAAAGUUGAAGAGCCGCCAGCCUUGUACAGCUGCCGCAACUGCGAAGGACAGGAUGCUAGCACUGCUUGGAACACUGUUAGUCUGUUGAGAGACGAGAACAAGGGCCUCAAGAAGAGGGUAGGGGAGCUCGAGUCGGCGGUAGAGGAAGUUCUUGAUGCCGUGAACGGUGUUGGAAUGUCCCCACUGUCCGUUUAAGGCCCCUGGUCUGGAACCUGGCCUCUGUUGAUUGAGAGUUGCAUAGUAGCAUUGGCGUUCAGGUGGUAUCUUUCACUCGGGUCGAAGAGGUGGCGCAAGGCCAUGGGGGCCACUGAGUAGUGACGAUAUACCCAAUGCAAAUUUCGAACUUUCCCUUGAC